AUGUCGGGCUCGAGCAACGGUCGUUUACAGGCAAGUGAAGCACCUAUAGCCAAGUCGGCUGUACUGUACGCAGCCGCUAAAGAAAUUGGUAUGCACUGCCGCGAGGAAAACCAGAGUUUUCUCCAGUGCAAAGCAGUCGAGUCCGAUCCUGCCAAAUGUUUCGAAAAAGGGAGAUCUGUGCAAAGGUGUGUUCUGGAACUCCUGAUGAGUUUGAACACGACCUGUCCACAGCAGUUUGAGGCAUAUGCACGAUGUCUGGAUGAGCAGAGUGCACCCUCGUACGCUUUUGAACGCUGUCGACGGCAGGAGGCGGCCCUGGUAGACUGCCGUCAGGCAGGGACGCUUGAUAAACAGCGCGUGGAGAGCCACGAGGUGCUUCUUCGAGAGUGA